CAGAGCGCAGUGAUCCAGCCAGUUGGCGAACUUAACCCGGGACAAACCAACCUCACCUGCACAGAGGAAACUCUCUCUCUCUCUCUCUCUCUCUCUCUCUCUCUCUCUCUCUCUCUCUCUCUCUCUCUCUCUCUCUCUCUCUCUGUAGUUCCCUCUCAUUUGGGGGGAAAAGUGCGCAGCUGUCUGUUCUUUGGUGAUGGAGCGUGUGUGGGACUGUGUUUCCUCCGCUGGGAUGUUUAUUCUCGGGGUGCUGUCGGUGCUGUGGCCGGCGCUACAUGGAGUUUGGAGUUUUAACCUUUACGCGGAGCAUCCCACGGUUUACAGGGGACCCGAUGGAAGUUAUUUUGGUUAUUCUGUGGACUUCUACCAAGCUACAACCGACAGCAACACGAUCAGUGUGUUGGUGGGGGCUCCCAAGGCGAACACCUCCCAGCCUGGCGUUGUGGAGGCUGGGGCCGUCUACUACUGCCCCUGGCCUGGACUCCCCGACAGCUGCAGACAGAUACCUUUUGACAAUUCCAAUAACAGAAUGAUAAAGGUAAACGGCACCCGAGAGCCUCUGGAGUUUAAGUCGCACCAGUGGUUCGGAGCAUCAGUCAGGACACACAAAGGGAAAGUGGUGGCUUGCGCUCCUCUCUACCACUGGCGCACAGUGAAGGUGAGCGGGGAGAAGGAUCCCGUGGGGACGUGCUAUGUGGCCGUCCAGAACUUCAGCGCCUACGCGGAGUACUCGCCCUGCAGGACCAAUGAUCCGGACCCAGAGGGUCAGGGGUUCUGCCAGGCUGGCUUCAGCGUGGAUUUCACCAAGGAAGGAACGCUGGUGGUAGGAGGACCUGGAAGCUUUUACUGGCAAGGUCAGGUAAUGACAGCAGGGGUAGCCGAGAUACUGAACGGCUACUCUUUGAAGGCUGUGCUGAGACGGGUUCCAGGAGAGAAACACACCAGAGCCGCUGAGGACACACACGACGACAGCUACCUCGGUUACUCUGUGGCAGUGGGAGAGUUUACAGGAGACUCUGAACAAGAGCUGAUAGCUGGAGUCCCGAGAGGAGCACAGAACUUUGGAUAUGUGGCAAUGAUCAACUCCACCAAUCUGACCUUCAUCCAGAACUUUACAGGGGAACAGAUGGCCUCCUACUUUGGCUACUCAGUGGCUGUCACUGACCUGAAUGGAGAUGGGACCGACGACGUGCUGGUUGGAGCACCCCUCUAUAUGGAGAGAGAGAUGGAGAGCAAACCCAGGGAGGUGGGGAGGGUGUACCUGUACCUGCAGAUGGCCCCGCUCUCUUUCUCCAAACCUGUUGCCCUCACCGGCACGCACACCUUUGGGCGCUUCGGCACGGCUAUAGCACCCCUGGGAGACAUCAACCAGGAUGGAUACAAUGACGUGGCAGUAGGCUGUCCGUUCGGAGGCGAGGAGCGUGGAGGCAGAGUAUUGAUCUUUAACGGUAACAGAGACGUGUCCACGCAAGGCCUGUUGCUGAGCCAAGAGCUGAGAGCGGCCUGGACCCCCAGGGGCAGCUUGCCUGGAUAUGGAUUCACUCUGAGAGGAGGUCAAGAUCUGGACAACAAUCAGUAUCCUGAUCUGAUCGUGGGGGCGUUCGGCUCAGGCGAGGUGUCGGUGUACAGGUCUCGAGCUGUAGUGUCUGUGGAAGCUGAGAUGAUCUUGACUCCCAGAGUCCUGAACCCUGAUGACCGACAGUGCCACCUGCCUCAAACAGAUAUCAUGGUUACCUGUCUGAAGGUGGAGGUGUGUGCAGCAGUGAGCGGAGUGGGGAUCCCCAGCUCUGUAGACCUGAGAGCAGAGCUGCAGCUGGAUUGGUUGAAAGGCACCAGAGGCGGAGUCAGGAGAGUGUUGUUCCUGGACACACAGCAGCCUCAGCGCACAGGGUCGCUAACAUUAGGCCACCACCACCCACGUGCAUGCCUGAGCUACACUAUUUACCUGAAAGAGGACGAUGAGUUCAGGGACAAAUUGACCCCUAUCUCACUGGCUCUGAACUACAGCUUGGCUCCACCCUCUCAAAACCUCCCACCUGUCCUCAACCACUACAGCAGCACCUUCCUUCAAGAGCAUGCUUACAUCCUCCUGGACUGCGGUGACGACAAUAUUUGUAUCCCCGACCUCCAGCUCUCUGCCAGCAUGGACCGAUCAGAGCUGGUGAUUGGAGAUGACAAUCUGGUCACGUUGACCAUCACUGCGGUGAACAAAGGAGAGGGAGCCUACGAGACAGAGCUCCACACACUGAUACCACCAGAGGCUGACUAUAUUGGAGUGAAGCGCAGGGCGGAGUCCCUGUCUCAGCUAAGCUGCGAGUACAAGAUGGUGAAUGAGUCCAGGAUGGUGGUGUGUGACCUCGGGAACCCGAUGGUGGCGGGGACAGAGCUGUCUGUCGGUUUGAGGUUCUCUGUCCAGAGGCUGGAAGAUGCCGGACCGAAAAUCAGCUUUGAGAUGCAGAUCCACAGCUCCAACAAAGAUAACUCCGACAGCAACCCAGUCAGUCUGAAUCUGUCCAUCGCUGCCGUGGCUGAACUCGAUUUACGCGGGGUGUCUCAUCCCUCUCAGGUGGUGCUGCCAUUCCCACGCUGGGAACCCAAAGAGAAGCCUGUCAAAGAGGACGACGUGGGGCCGCAGGUCACGCACAUCUACGAGCUCCAUAACUCUGGUCCCAGCAGUAUUCAGGAGGCCGAGCUCCAGGUCGGCUGGCCCUCCCGUUUCCGUGACGAGAACCUGCUGUAUGCCAUGGAGAUUCAAACUGAAGGGCCAAUUAGCUGCCGGACGAACACCACACUCAACCCGCUCGGCCUUCAGAUUUCAUCUCUCCAGGACACACCUGAGCUAUUGGGUUUCUUGAAGAACACCAGCGCUCCUCAUCAGCGCCGCAAACGAGCCGCCACCGCCUCUCAGAGUUAUAGCGGUAAAACCUUGAACUGCACCAACAUCUCCUGCCUGAGGAUCGCGUGCGUGGUUGGCCGCUUGGAUCGUGGGCAGAGCGCGGUGGUCAAGAUCCGCUCAAGACUUUGGGCGCAUACUUUCCUGCAGCGGCGUAACGACCCCUACAUUCUCAACUCGACCGUGUCCUUCAUGGUCACAGCCAUGCCUUACCGCAUCCAUCCCUCCACCCUGCCGCAACACUCCACGUCGAUGGGGACCCUGGUGUUAUGGGGUACUCCUGAUGUGUCGUUUGCUGUCCCACUCUGGGUCAUCAUCCUGGCCAUACUGCUGGGGCUGCUGGUGCUGGCAAUGCUAACAUUAGCCAUGUGGAAGUGCGGUUUCUUUGACCGGGCGCGGCCGCCAGCUGACGAUAACGUCUCCGACCAGGAGCAGCUGACGUCUGAUCAAACAGGGGACGCCUGAGGCCAUUCGCAACAGCUCCUGACUGGAGGACUGUGGUUUGAUAGGGAUGUGCACCUUCUGAGUAACUUAAACCAGAUCUGAGAUCUGUAUUUGUUGGACCCUACAUUCCUCGGCUGGAGAUCUUCUGUCUCUUUGGUAAUGAAACUGACUGAAAGGACAGACUGAAGACUGCAGCGCCACACAGACUGGGACCAAAGAACAAUGUUCAGACCAGACAGAGUGGGACCAAAAAACGCGCAACAGGCUCAGUCACACACACACAUGUCCCUGGUUUAUCCGUAGUGAUGAAGCACCAGAACUGAGGACAGAACGAACUUUGUUAUGAAGACAAUGCUUUAAAUGUUUCUGUAACUUAACAGUUUUGUGAGUCUGUGUAAGUGAGGCACAAAGAGACUUCAGGUCUAUGCACAAGUGCUUGUGUGUGUGUGUGUGUGUGUGUGUGUGUGCGUGUGUGUGUGUGCGCACGUAUGUGGUUGUGUGUAGUACUGUACAUAUGUGUGUGUUGAUUCGUCACCCCUCGUGUCAUCAGUUAUGAAAUUCUUUCCCCACCUGAUUUAAUUUAUCCUCAUUUCCUCCAAACUGGGCUGUAUACACAUAUAUCACACACACACACACAAACAGAUGCGGCCACGUGCAUAAACACAAAGGCACAAAGUUGAUGUGUAUAUUUAUGAAUGUAUGUGCAAUAUUUGGGCGUUGCGUGAUACUGAAGCUUGUUUACACUGGCAUUAUUUUAUUAGAGCUUUCCAUUGUUUAUGUAUAGAAAUGAUUUAAUUGGUAUAUUAGAUAUUAGUAUUGCUGAACAAAAGCAAUUGUUUGAACUGAUUUACAGUGAAGUCCCACCACACAAGUUUUGAAAAUGGAGCAUAGUGACUAGACAAACUUAUUAACUAACUUAUUAUUGUCCUGAUAGAAUGACUUUAGGAAUUAGAGCAUAUCCCCACAGCUGAAGCCCUGCUAGUUCAAGGUUUGCGUGUCUCUAACUGUUAACAAGGCAGUUGAUAAGACUUCAAAAACGUGCUGCAAAGAUAAAUUCCAUAUCAAAGUCUGAGACUAUGUACAUUACUGCACGGCAGAGCAAAGCGGUCUGGACAUCAGCAGCACCCUGAGCUUAAAACUAACUUUUAAUCUGUCACGUUUCAGUCAUAUUUGGUUUUUGUAUCAAGUGUGGAGUUUUAUCACAAUAAAGUGUUGUUCCUUUUCUGUAUAUUAACUGAACUUUACACUGCCCUGUCCAACAUGAAGUUAGAAAGUGAAAGCAUCAGUACAUUCAGUGCAAAAGGAGGAAAAAAAUGUAAUACAGUUAGAAACUAAAACAUGUUAAAGUGGAUUAUUUCCUUCUGUCCUACAGCCAAGACCAGGCAAACCAUUAAUGUUAAUUAUUUCACAUAUGAACCCACAAACCCAACAUGUCUGUCUUGUCCUAUAUUUGCUUAAUACUAAUAUUACGCAGCACUUUUGCACUGUGUAGGCUACAUUCAAUUUCAAAACUUCACUCACCAACAUGUUCAGCAUAUUGUUGAAAUUAAUCAUUUAUACCUAAUGUCUUUACUAAGUUUAAUUUGUUCUAAUUUUACAUGCUUUGAAAACCAAUGUAAACAAAGGCAAGGACAUAUACAGAUAGACUUACAUAGACAUAGACUCUUUCUACAAUCUUUUCCAAUCAGUGAAAUCAAAUGUCAUCGAUGUUCAAGGUUCCACCUCAGAGGAAGGACUCUUGCUCCCCCAAGUGGUACAAAGUAGUAAUGAAUCCGACUGGCUGUCAGAAAUUAACCUGAGAGAGACGUGUGAGGCAGGACAGUGACCCCUUGUGGUGAUGACUUGAACUGUGGCAGCCCCCUGUGAUUGCCGUGUACAUUUAAGACAGGUAAAAAGAUAGGACGAUAGGAUGAAGAUACAUAUUGGGCAAAGGGUUGCUCCUAAUUGCUAAAAUUAACUGCUGAUUGCAAUUCAAGGGAACUGACUUUUACAUGUAGUUUUAUUAAUGUGACUGUUGUAAGGCUGUAUCUGCAGCUGCAAGCUUUCUUAUCACAGCAAUUUGUUAAGUUGUCUGUUUAGAUAUUCUUCAUUCACUUCUCUUUACAACAUAUGUGACAUGGCCUAUGCUCAGCUAUAGCUUAGCUCUAUAAUUUUUAUUUAUAUGUAUGUAUCCUUAGGUUAGCAGCAAUAUAACUCACCUGUCCUUCACUAGAAAACAGUUUUUAGUCUAGCUUCAGUUUAAUUCCUGCAAAAAGAUGGUCUGACCAGCUGACAAUUAAUCUUGUGGUCACGUAUAGUCUGUAAAUCUGCACUGCAUGACAGGAGAUUGUUUGAUGGAGCCACAAAAUGUUUCGCGGCAGUGUUUUUUGGUUGUGUUUUGAGUUCUGAGACACACUGAUAAGGCUCUUGUCAUCUCUCCAAACUCAGUCUGUCUGCAGCAGCCAGAGACUUCACACCAGAUCCCUGACACAGUAUCACAAUUUCCUGGCUUUUGGGAGAUAUGGCUGUUGGCACAGAUCAUACAGAUAAUCCACAGAAGUACGCCUGAGAUUGAGACAGAAUAAUCCAUACUGUACAUCUAACCUGAAUGCUACUUAAAGACAGCACACUCAUAUCUGUUUAUAUCACCAGGAAGCAGGAGCAAGAGAGAGAGAAUGGCAUCAGGCUAAAUGAGACCAGAAAAGUAAAAGUCAGCACUGACAGUGUUGCAAGUCAAGUACUGCUCAAAGCAUGCAUUUAUUCCACAAUAAAGCUAGACAUUUUGAAAAGUAAUAUCUGUACAGCAUAUUAGAUCCCAGAAGGUACAUCCAAUUCUCAACUUGUACAUUAAUAAUAAGGUGUAUAAACGGCCAGCAGAGGUCAAAAAGGAGCAUGCAGCAAUAUGGAGCUUUGAACUGUGAACAUGUGCAUGAAUCAGACUGUUGCAGAUAUAAGAUUAGUCUUUCAUAUUUCCACAAUUGCAUGAAUCCAAACCCCAUUUCUCAUUUGAGUUACUAAACUGCAAAUUGUAUUAUUCUUCAUCAGCAGUGCAGCUGGAGUACCUCAUCGUUUUGAAACAAGUGAUUCAAUCUGUUCUUCCCUGCAUCAUUUUGAUAUUCGUGUUCAUCCUUGGUUUUGUUCCUUUUCUCAUCCUGUAGGUUUUAUCAAAGGAGAUACCUUGUGCAGGGAACUUGUAGUCAGCUCAAAAAGGGAAAAAAGGAGAAACUGUUGGUUAAAAACAACAUGGCAAACAUUCAAAAUGAUGUUAAGAGUAAAGAGCAAGAAGUUCUGGUAUCACUUUCUCCAAAUAGUCGCUGUUUUGGUCUUGUCAUGGCUGGUAUCCACAAUAUGAAAGUUUCUCAUUGGAAAUAUAAAAGCAGGAGAGUGGAGGAGAGGAUAUUAUCAGGCUUAUCUCAGGUGGAAAUAUUUAUUACAGUCACACAGCUGACAAAGCACAUGUUGAGAUACAAAGAACUGCCAAACACACUUUCUGUCUUUGUCAUUCUCCCAAAAACAGACACACUGCGUUUUUCUUUAGACUCUUUAUUUCUUUGAAUAUAUUUGAUCAAAUGUAAAAUCAAACAUUUGAAGUAAAGAUUUAACAGUUUCUGACUAGCAAACCUCAACACCAUCAAAAUAAGGGAACAUUAUUGAUACAUACUACAUACUGUACGUAGGACAUACUGUAUCUUAGCUGAGAUUUAUCCAACAGACAGACCCGAAUUACAAAAUCACUUUUAAAAAGUCUUUUACUCCUGUAAUUUCCUGGUUUUCUGAGCUGGUGCAAAAGAAAACAUCUUAGGUGAAGCAAUAUCCUGUA